AUGACCCUCAUCAGUCACCACUACUUAUCGAGGACAUACGCUUCUAUUUCAGUGUCAUUGUCUGGUGUUGCUGGCCAAAUUAUGCAGCUCAAGGCGGAAAACUCGAAUCAGCGGUUUCUUUCUAUUGUGGCUUCAAACCUGAAUUCCAGAGUGUGUUGCCUGAUUGUUGCUCUGACUUUGAAGGAGACAAAAGAGAAGGAACUCCUUCUUCUUCUUAUUCGCUUUCUUCCACACUGCUACAUGCCUCAGUCUGAGAUAUGGUCAAAUGGUGACCUAUUAUCGACGGCAAUAGAAAGUGGAUGCAAACUCAAUGUAAGCGCUCUGCGUGAGGCCGGUUGUCCUGUUCUUGAACAGCAUCUACAUCUCUUAAUGGAAUGCUUUGCUCUAUCGCUGUUCCAAGAUCUCCUAGUGGAACCGGAGUAUGCCACUUUACUUGUCAGCGAAAAGUUUAUCCUGAACUUGAUUGAGCAUCGGUCAUGGAGCUACUUGCUGAGGUUGGCUUUUUCUACAUUUCUGUCCUUAUGUGCAUAUAAGCAAGCAUCACUAGAUAGAAAGGUCGCCGAAAUAAAAGUUGAGGAG